GCAUUCAAUUCAGUCAGUUAUCAAUCUCUUUUUGCUGCGAAAAGUACGAGCGAAAUGACCUCGGAAAGCAAAAUGAUUCUGCUAAUCCUCAUCGGUUGUUUGAUCAUGCAGACAAUCAACGCCCUGCCCUUCGAUAGAUUCAGCCGGGAGGAUGAUGAACGGCUCAACGAGAUCAGCGGAGAGUGGUUCAAAAAGCCCAUCCUCAGGUUGGAUCGUCUUUUUAACAGCGGGGAAUCGCCGGCGGGAAGUCGGAAAGAGGUGGUCAGAUCCAGUAGAAGCGAUAAGGGUGAAACCACGGAAAGCUCCAAGCACGCCCACUCCAUGAUCACCUCCAUGCUCGGCUUUGUCAGCAGUGUCAUCAACCUUGGCAGAUCCUUGGUAAGGGAUCAGUAAAACGUAGUCUAUUGCCGCUGGCCAUAGAGUUUAUAAGAGAAGUCUCAUGAUUUCGUUUGCCAAAUUUUGUAGUUGUAAUUAAAGAUAAAAGAUGCAGUAUUAAACAUCCUAUAGGAAUUGAAUCUGCGUCCUAGCCAAGACUUAUUUUAUUUAUUUCGAGUAUAUUUAAUGAAUAAAAACCAAAAAGCGACAAAUUUGUCUGUCCUUUAAUUCAUUUUAUUUACUUUUUUUU